AGACCGGCGAACUAACUCGGGGGAAUUUCGUUCGCCAGUUCUUCUCAGGGUUUCGGUUUCGGACAGAGAAGAAGAAACCAUGUCGGUGACUUCACGGCUAUUCAGGGCUCGUGACAUCGUCUUCUCCCGCGCUCAAGUCAAACCCUUGUCUAUCUGCCCCCGUCUUCCCUCUGAUUUUCACCAUGGACGUCGUCCCCUCUGCAGCAGCUCCGUCUUCUCCAAUUUCAUCAGACGUAACUCGAUUCGACCGUAUCCUGCUAUCAACGCCUUCCUCUCCGAUCCCCGUCGCUCACCUUCAUCGGGUUCAAAUGUUAGUGGCCGCAUCCUGUUCUUCUCCACUUCGACGCCCAAUCCCAUCAAGAAACCUUCUUCAGAAUCGACUGCAGCCGACAUGAAGAUCCUCCGCACGCUGGCCAGCUACUUGUGGAUGAGAGAUAACCUUGAAUUUCGCUUCAGGGUCAUCGCUGCCUUGGCUUUUCUCGUCGGCGCUAAGCUCAUGAAUGUUCAGGUGCCUUUCCUUUUCAAGUUGGCUGUUGACUGGUUGACCUCAGCCACCGGCACGGCCUCCGCCAAUCCUGCCCUGGUUGCCGCUUUUGCUACACCUGCCGCCGUCCUCAUUGGAUACGGCAUUGCUCGUUCUGCCUCUUCUGCUUUUAAUGAACUUCGUACUGCUGUUUUCUCCAAGGUUGCUCUCCGGACGAUACGUUCUGUGUCUAGAAAGGUCUUCUCGCAUUUACAUGAUCUUGACCUUCGUUAUCACCUAAGUCGGGAAACAGGUGGUUUGAACAGAAUUAUCGAUCGUGGUAGCCGUGCAAUAAACUUUAUCCUCUCAUCUAUGGUUUUCAAUGUUGUCCCCACUAUUCUGGAGAUAACUAUGGUAUCAGGUAUACUAGCAUACAAAUUUGGAGCAGCUUUUGCUUGGAUUACGUCUCUUUCUGUUGCAGCCUACAUCACUUUCACGUUGGCCGUGACACAGUGGAGAACCAAGUUUAGGAAGGCAAUGAAUAAAGCUGACAAUGAUGCUAGCACAAGGGCCAUAGACUCUCUCAUAAAUUAUGAGACUGUUAAAUACUUCAACAAUGAAGCUUAUGAAGCUGAAAAGUAUGAUGAAUUCCUGAAAAGAUAUGAAGAUGCUGCCCUGAAAACCCAAAGAAGCCUCGCUUUUCUAAACUUUGGGCAAAAUGUUAUAUUUAGUACGGCUUUGUCAACGGCAAUGGUGCUGUGCUCACAGGGCAUCAUGAACGGCCAGAUGACCGUAGGUGAUUUGGUUAUGGUGAAUGGGCUUUUGUUCCAGCUGUCUCUUCCACUCAACUUUUUGGGAAGUGUUUACCGUGAGACCAUUCAGAGCCUUGUGGACAUGAAGGCAAUGUUCCAAUUGCUAGAGGAGAAAUCUGACAUCACAAGCAAAGAUAAUGCAAAACCUCUUGUUUUGAAUGGUGGAAGCAUUCAGUUUGAAAAUGUGCACUUCAGUUAUUUGCCGGAAAGAAAAAUUCUAGAUGGAAUAUCCUUUGUUGUGCCAGCAGGGAAAAGUGUGGCAAUUGUUGGUACUAGUGGCAGCGGCAAGUCCACCAUUCUUAGAUUGCUAUUCAGAUUUUUUGACACAGAUUCUGGAAAUGUAAAGAUCGAUGGGCAAGAUAUAAAGGAAGUGAGCCUAACUAGUCUUCGGAGUUCCAUAGGCGUCGUUCCUCAAGAUACCGUGCUGUUCAAUGACACAAUAUUUCAGAACAUUCACUAUGGACGUCUCUCGGCAACAGAAGAAGAGGUAUAUGAUGCUGCUCGGCGUGCAGCAAUCCAUGAAACGAUUUUGAAUUUCCCUGAAAAAUACUCCACAGUGGUUGGAGAAAGGGGGCUCAAGUUGAGUGGUGGCGAGAAACAACGAAUUGCUCUUGCUCGGGCAUUUCUUAAAUCCCCUGCCAUCCUGUUGUGUGAUGAAGCAACAAGUGCGCUCGACAGCACAACCGAGGCGGAAAUACUGAGCGCACUCAAGUCGAUAGCGAAUAACAGGACUUCCAUCUUCAUCGCGCACAGGCUGACAACUGCAAUGCAAUGCGAUGAGAUAAUAGUUCUGGAGAAUGGGAAGUUGGUGGAACAGGGAUCGCACGAGGCUCUACUAGGGAUUGCAGGAGGAAGAUACGCCCAGCUAUGGACCCAGCAGAACAGCACUGUGGAUUCCCUCGAUGGGUUUAUCAAAUUGGAGGCCGAUCACCUCAAACCUUUGUAAGAAUCUCUCUGUAAAAAUUCACAUUUUAUAUCCGUUGUGGUUGAAGGCCGACAAAUAAGCGGAUGAUGCCAUCAUGAUCAUGUGAUAAUAUUUUUAUUUAUUUACUUACCGGCAAAUCUCGGCGGUUCUGUUUUGUAGCAGUACCCUUUAGUAUCAGUGUCAUGAUCUAUUGUGUACCUUUUUAAUACCAUGAUCUAUAUAAUAAAGUUUCUGCUCUGAAUUUUUUA